AUGGCCCCAAAGGUGGAGCUCUGCGAGCAGCAUGAAGAAGCGAAGUCCUGCAAAAUGGCCUCCGCCACAUGUGCUCAAAAUGUAGAGAAGCCUGAUGUCAUGGCCAAGCUGAAUGACCUAUUCACUAAGUUUUGGAGGAAAAUAGCAUCCAGGGAGCAGCAAGCUACGGUACACAAACCUGUUAAACACAUACCCACAGUGUUGCCGCCACACUCCCAACACAGGCGCACACUUCCUCAAACAAACAGAGCCCAAAAAUGUUGCCGUAGACGACAAGGCUCCCCAUGGUCCUGCAAUCCCACGCAACUGACCCUACGGAUGGCGGCGCUCCACCGCAACAAGCACCCUGUAAAAUCCAGCCUGCAAGCAAG